CUACCCGCCUCAUACUUAAAUGUUUGUUGUCUGAAAUUGGGCAUAGUUUAUUUUUUAUUUUUUAGGUUGGCAUUGCUUUAGUCUCACUCUGAAUUCCACACUCACUGAAAUCACAUGAUGAACGAUUACGAGGAAAUAAUUGCAUUUUUAGGACAGUGGGGGCCUUUUCAUAGGCUCAUUUACAUACUCCUCAGUCUCUGUGGAUUACCCGGUGCGUUUACGUCAUUAUCCAUGGUUUUCCUGGCAGAUGUUCCUCCUCACCACUGCAGACUUCCAUUCCUGAACAGCAGCUAUGGAGGAUUUGGCUACAAUCUGUCCAUCCCAAGUGAAGAGGUGAAAGGAGAGGUCGUUCCGAGUCGCUGCAGACGCUACACUGAACAGGGGGCUUUGGAUGCCUGGUCUAACCAAAGCACGGAGCACUGUCUGGAUGGCUGGGUGUUUAGCAAGGAGAGAUACGUGUCCACCAUUGUAACAGAGUGGAAUCUGGUGUGUGAUGAUGCUUGGAGAGCUCCUUUCACUCUCACCAUAUUUUUCUUGGGGGUCCUGGUUGGAUCAUUUUGUUCAGGCAUCAUAUCAGACAGGUAUGGCAGGAAGAUCACGUACUUUUCUGCCAUGGCAUUGAAGACGAUCUUCGCCUUACUCCUGUCCACCUCCAACAGCUGGGAGAUGUUCUGUGUUCUGUACUUUGUGGUGGGAAUGAUGGACAUUUCCAGUUACUGUACUGCCUUUAUUCUGGGGGCAGAGCUCCUCAGUAAGUCAGCCCGCAUGAGCUUUGGGAUUCUUGGAAUGUGUUCCUGUUUUGCCGCUGGCUAUGCCAUUCUGCCACUCUUCGCCUACUUUAUCCGGAGCUGGAGGACACUACAGUUAGCGUUGUCUAUGGUGGGAUUACUUUACAUUCCUCUCUGGUGGUUCAUACCAGAGUCUCCUCGCUGGCUGAUCACUCAGGGCCGGUUUCAGGAGGCUGAGGCCGUUAUCCGAGCUGCUGCCAAGAAGAACGGCAUCACUCCUCCCGCGGACAUCUUCCAGCUGGAGCACAGUGCUGGCGCAAAGAUAAAUGAGCCUAAAUUAGGAGGUCAGAAUAAAUACACCUGGCUGGAUCUCCUGAAAACUAAAAAUAUAAGGAACAUCACAGUUCUGAACAUCCUUAUUUGGACAGCCAUAUCCCUGACAUAUUAUGGACUGUCCUUUAAUACCUCCAAUUUGGAUGGAGACCCAUAUCUCAACUGCCUGAUCGCUGCCGGCACUGAGUUGGCUGGCUACAUCUUUGUGUGGUUCACCACCCUCUACGCUCCUCGUCGUUUUACUCUGCCCUUCACUCUUCUUGUUGGUGGGGCUGUGCUGCUGCUCAUGAAGUUUGUUCCCGAAGAUCUCAACGCCUUGACGAUCACCCUAGCGAUGAUUGGGAAGCUGGGGGUGACCGGGGCCUUUUCCUUUGUGUAUUUCUAUUCUACGGAACUCUUUCCUACUGUUGUGCGUAACAUGGGAUUGGGAGUGACCUCCAUGGCCUCUAGAAUUGGCAGCACACUUGCCCCAUAUAUAGCCUAUAUCGGGACUUAUAACAAAGUGCUGCCCUAUAUUCUAAUGGGUAGUAUCUCAGUAGUAUGUGGUCUUUUAAGCCUGCUGUUACCAGAGACCAAAGGAGCGGAACUCCCAGAACUCAUUAGUCAAGUUAAACCACUUGAGUGGUUUCGCCACAAAAAGAGGUCAGUGGAUCUGGAUCACAACAAUCAAAAUGGAAAUGUACAUUUGAAGAAUGAAGCGGAGGUGGCACUUACUGAGAGAGAACUACAAACAGUUACCCAAAUGUUUUGACAGGUUUUUGUUUGUACCACCAUAGGUCUUAAUGCACUCUAAAAACAAUGUAUGUUGUCCCUAUUGUGGAAAGUGGCAGAAAAUGUGAACCAUGGAAAAGUCAAAAGAUUACAUGAGAUAGUUCACUAGAUAGAAGUAUAAAUAUAACUGCUUAAAUCCAGCUUGCUCUAAACCAAAUAAAAAUGUGCAAUUGCGGCAAUGAUAGAUAACUUGUGUGAAAAGAAUAGUUACUUAGACUAGAAGUGUGUUUUUACUAAAAAGCUUAAAGUGUGGUUUUGUUUAGCUUUAGAAUGUGUUUUUGCUUAAUCCUUUAGAGCACAAUUGUUUAGCCCUUAAAGUGUUUUAGUUAGGCUUAUAGAGUAAUGCUGUGUUAGAGUUGUAAGUUUGGUAGUUCCUGCUUAGGCCCAUAUAUGGGUUACAUCCGAAUGCUGUGUUAGAAUUUUAAGUUUAAUAGUUUCAGCGUAGAGCCAUGUAUGGGCAACAUCAGUGUGCUGUGUCAGUAUUUUAAGUAUGAAGAGUUGAGGGUAGCUACCAGAAAGAGGAACAACAAAUAGCCAAUCAGCUGACUGUAAUACCAGUGAUAGAUUCAGGUUCAGCUGGGCAAAUAUAAAAAAGGUCCCGGGACCGGGACUGGGGGCGCUCACCAUCACCUCUUCUGGACUUCGUUGGUCAUAACCCUAGGUUAGGGAUUCUGUUAAAAGGCAGCAGAGUCCUUCUUCGAGUUUUCUUUUGCCUCCCCUGUGUCAACGAGAAUAUUGAUCUCCUUGCAAGAAUACUUUUUUCUUGUGAGAGGCGCACGCCUGCAAGGAGACCCGGCUGGAAAGGGGUGAGUUGUCCGUUUGAAGGGCUUACUUUCUAGACACUGUUAAUGGGCAAACACUUAUUACACAAUAUAUUGACAUACACUGGAAUAGCGAACUCAGCUGUGUAUUUAGGAAGGAAAGUCCUAGACACUAACGCGGUCACAAAACCAACCGGACUGUAUUUUGCCGACAUGGUCCUGUAAUUAAAUGACACCAGAUUGUAUUUAGCAGACAUGUAUCUGUAGAAAAAUUACACUGGAUUGCAUUUAGCGGGCAUGGUUCCGUAAAAAAAAUAAUGUUCGGGGGCCUUUGUAAGGUCCGAA